AUGGAAGAAAUUGGUAUUAUUUUACCCGAAAAGGAUGAUCAAGUUACCGACACCAAGGGAUUGCAAUUUGUCGGACCUCAGACAUUUGAUGAACUGGAGUCAGAGGACUUAUAUACAAAAUAUAAGAAAUUACAACGAAUGUUGGAGUUCUUAGAAGUACAAGAGGAGUAUAUAAAAGAUGAACAAAGAAAUCUAAAAAAAGAAUACCUUCACGCUCAAGAGGAAGUAAAACGUAUACAAUCUGUUCCUCUUGUUAUUGGACAGUUUCUUGAAGCAGUAGAUCAAAACACUGGCAUAGUUGGCAGCACAACUGGCUCUAAUUACUAUGUCCGUAUCCUAUCCACAAUUGACAGGGAACUUUUAAAGCCUUCAGCAUCUGUUGCUCUUCACAAACAUUCAAAUGCCCUUGUUGAUGUACUACCACCAGAAGCUGACAGUUCAAUUUCUAUGCUGCAAGCAGAUGAAAAACCUGAUGUUCAGUACUCUGACAUUGGUGGAAUGGAUACUCAAAAGCAAGAAAUUAGAGAGGCAGUGGAAUUACCCUUAACUCAUGUUGAACUAUAUAGACAAAUUGGUAUUGAGCCACCCAGAGGUGUACUUAUGUAUGGACCACCUGGCUGCGGCAAAACUAUGUUAGCAAAAGCCGUUGCUCACCAUACAACGGCUGCCUUUAUACGUGUUGUGGGUUCAGAAUUCGUCCAGAAGUACCUGGGCGAAGGCCCACGAAUGGUCCGCGAUGUUUUCCGUCUAGCUAAGGAAAACAGCCCUGCAAUUAUUUUCAUUGACGAAAUUGACGCCAUUGCUACGAAACGAUUUGAUGCCCAAACAGGUGCUGAUAGAGAAGUGCAGAGGAUUUUACUGGAGCUUCUUAACCAAAUGGAUGGUUUUGAUCAAACCACCAAUGUCAAAGUUAUUAUGGCCACUAAUCGUGCGGAUACUUUAGACCCUGCCCUCCUUCGACCUGGUCGUCUUGACAGAAAGAUUGAAUUUCCCCUUCCUGACAGGCGUCAAAAACGGUUGAUAUUUUCAACAAUCACCGCCAAGAUGAACUUGUCUGAGGAAGUAGACCUGGAAGAAUUUGUUGCGCGACCGGAUCGCGUAUCUGGCGCAGACAUAAAUGCCAUUUGCCAAGAAGCUGGUAUGCAUGCCGUAAGGGAAAAUAGGUAUAUAGUACUGCCGAAAGAUUUCGAGAAAGGUUACAAAAAUAACAUUAAAAAGGAUGAGAGUGAAUAUGAAUUUUAUAAA